AUUUAUAUGAAAAAAAAUAAAUAAUAAACAAAAGUUGAACAUAACCAUAUCGUAGUCUAGAUGUUAAUUGUCAAGGUGAUUUCUAGCCGGUGUUAAUUAAAAAUGUCAGCUCCAAUAAGUACAGCGUUAGAUAAUUUAAAUUCCGCAAUAAAAUCAAAUAUAAUACCAAAUCAAGAGUAUCUUCUUCAGGGUUCAAUUUUAGAUAGUGCUGUUGAAGUAUUAUUACAUCGUCUACGAGGAUUAUGUGAUAAUGUUGACAGUGGUACUGAAACAUUUCAUGAUCAUGAAAUGUGUUUUAGUAUUAGAAAAGGACCACCACCAGAACAACCACUUUCAUUACGUGUAAGAAGAGCAUUGGAUUAUCCAGAAAUGCCAUGGCAAUUACGUUAUAUUGGUCAACAUGAACUUGGUGAUAAAUCAAGACCAACAAUUGUUAGAAGUAGUAUUGAUAUUGCAACAAGUAAUACUGUUGUUGAAUUUUUAAAUGAACUUGGUUGUAGACUUGAUUAUGAAUAUAUUAUACGUGGUUAUAUGUUUCGUAAAGGUAGAAUGAAAAUAACUGUAUCAAAAAUAUUUAAAAUGGCACAAGGUAAAGUACCAGAAAGUGUUGAACCAAUGUCACAAAGUUAUUUAGUUGAAUUAUCUGUUCUUGCACCAACUGGACAAGAUGCUAUUGCUGAAGAUAUGAGAAUAUUUGCUGAACAAUUAAGACCACUUGUACAACUUGAAAAAAUUGAUUAUAAAAGAUUUUAAAAAAAUUUUCAUUUU